CCUCCUCGACCCUCACCCUCGUUCCCGCCCGCAUUUCCCUUGCUCCUUUGCCAGUCGCUCGUUUUCCGGGGCGUGGGAGUGAAUCUUGAACCAGCAUCCCUUUUCUUGACGCGUUCCAGCUCGUGUUGACAGCCUCCGAGUGGCCCCUCGAGACGCAGUUCCACCUCGCACCACCGCCGAGCUGACCACCGGUGUUCAACCGUCGCACCCGCCUUUCCGCUCGCCAGCCGCCAGCCUGCCCACCCGCAGUUCCAUUAAUUCGAACCCUCCUCCGAAGCACUCUCCGUCCGCGCCAUGAGGCCGUCCCAGCUGCUAGCCGCAGGAGUGGCCCUUUUGUCCGUCACGGCCGCGACCUCCAAUGUCUUCGACAGCAUAAACGCGUUGGGCAAACCGGAGCACAUGCUCUUGCCUCGACAGGACAACCAAGAUGUGCAGAGCUCCUCAGCGAAGAAAGACGCAUCGACCACAGCAGCUCCCAAGGAGACCAACCAAUCAUCCGGGACCGAGAAGCCCACAGCAACCAAGAGCGACGCGAAGACGACCGGCAAGGACUCGUCCGACAAGGCCACCAAGACGACCGGCAAGCCCAAGGUUACCAACUUCGGCCCCGAUGUGCAGCCUGGAGGUAUCCAGAUGGUCACUCCGAAUCCCGUCCUGGGUGCGCAGUACUACAAGGUCGGCGACUGGGUCACCUUUGCGUGGAACUACACUUCGCUCUCCAUCACACCCUCGCACGUCGACAUUCUGGCCUCGUGCUCUGUCAACCAACAGACGUACACCAUCGCCGUGAACCACUCGGUGCAGGCGACCGAUACCAUACUCUGGGACACCGGUGCCUACCAGAGCCAGCACCCAAACGGUCCCAAUUUUGUCAGCGAGACCUACACGCUGCUCAUCUACGACUCCGAGUCUAGCGUCAGUGCCACUGCUAAGCCUGGCUACCUGUCGCCAUUCAGCCAGUUCUACUUCGGCAUGUACACGCCGCAGCCCUACGUGAACUGGUCAGAAUUCGAGUGCGCGAACUGCCUAAAGAACGACGCCUUCUCCAUCUUCGCGAGCGGCACGACCAAGGUUCUCUUUGUCACCUUUGGAACGACCAUUGCGUCCUUCCUGUACUUCGCCGUCACUUUCGGUAUCAUAUGAGAACACUCUACGCCACACGCCUCCGAAACCUACAGCACACCACGGCUGCUUCAGCAUCACACACGAUUACGGCAUUCCUUCCAUUCAUAACUUGUUUAUACUUUCACUCCUUACUUGGGACCAAAAAUGGGACACGGCGCAUCUUGGGCUUGCAGCGUUCGUCACGUCCAAUCAUUCACUCCAACUCAGUCAUUCAAGGCACACGGUGUUGGGCGGGGUCACUUUUUUUGUAGGAGCAUGGACCGGUCGCAUUUGGGAAACAUACGCAUCUAUAAUAAUCGAGAGACGAGAGAAUGAGUGUGCUUGGCUAUACUCGUAAUAUCUUCGUUUAGUUUGGGAGUAGACGGGCGGGAGAGGGACUGGGAUCGAUCGCGAGAUUUACUACAGUCAUGAUGUAUGUACGUAGAGUCUUGUCAAUAUUACAACC